AUGAAGACGACUCCAGCAGAGGAUAUCUACUGGGAAGGUGAAGAUGAUUUAGCCAAUGAAUUUUUAGAGGUGGAUGGUAGUGACACUGGCAUCGGAAGUCACUUGAACCGAUUUAAGCGACAAGCAUGGAACUUAUUCUCUUGGUCGACGCCUGCUCCUGACAACGAGGAAAACUUUACGGAAGAUGAGGAGCUAGAAAGAAACGAAGAUAAUGACACCGAAUUUGUCGAGGGUUCGGGCUUGUCUGACGUCGUCGAAACGGAACUUAAAGAAAUAUGUCCCGAUAACGAGUUCCGAUGCGAUGAGACCCGCUGCAUAGCUGCUGAUAAGCGAUGUGAUCGCGUCCAAGACUGCGAUGAUGCGGCGGACGAAAUUGACUGUUCAGGU